GUGCCCCACCCGACAGAAGCAUCACAUAUCGAACGACGUCCUUAGCAUGAAGCUCCUUCUCCCGACCCUAGCGGCAAUGCUUGUACAUCAAGCGUCUGCCACGUGCUUGAGCACAUGCAACCAGCACACGUUGAACGCCGAAGAGGACUUAUGCACGCCAUAUCGCGACCAGUUGCCGCGCCCGACGCUGUACAACUUCUGCGUCGACGCAUUUCGCAAAGGUGGUCAGAGGGCCUGCGAAGAGUACUGUACUAACACUGGCGGGGCCGACGCGGUGUUGGGGUCGUUGCAAGCGCAGUCGUGCGACCAUCUGCGCACCACACGUCCCAAGGCGGCGUUGACAAUCUGCAACAAGGCCUUUCGCACAGCGACCACCCGUGCCAAGGCGUUUGUUGAAAGCGGAUCGAUCGUGGAGCCCCCCAAGCAAGUCGCUGCCGCCGCCGCCGCCCCCGCCCCGGCGGCCCCCGUCGAGCUCAAGCCCAAGCAAGACGCCAAGCCAGACAUCAAAAUCGAACCAAAGAAGAAGUCCCCGCUGGAAGCCGCGCGGGACGAAGCCAAGCUCGCGUUCGACACGGAUGCCUCCCGUCUCGGCGAGUUGUAAUACAUGUAGUACUUCUUACUGCACAGACUAAUAAUAUAUACUAACUAGUAUAUCUGUAAAACCGAAAAAAUAUAUAAUAUAUCAUAGUACUACUACAGUACUAAUAUAAAGAUAAACGUAAGAAAUAAUAAAU